GUGCCCGUGUCCUCCGUGUCCCCGGGAUGCCGAGAGGGGAUGCUCGGGGUAGCGCUUUGUCUCCGGCUGCCCCCCCCGCAGAGCCUCUCCGGGGGGAGGCAGCGGGGUCCCCCAUCCUCCCUACACCCCCUCCGUCCUCCCUACACCCCCUCCGUCCUCCCUACUUUUCCCCUCCAGCCCCUGGGCUCUGCUCCCCCCCGGGACAAAGGGAAAAGGGAGCGCCCCCGACUCCUCCCCCUCGACUCCAUUCCCAGUACCACCAGUGCUCCCAGCGCCGAGUGGGAUGGGGUGGGGAGAGCUUUGCAAAGCGCUUUUCCCCCAUCCCGGCCCCUCUGCCCGGUGCGGGGGGAGGGAUGCUCCGCUGCCCCCCCUGGGAGCGAGCCCCGGCUUGGGGUUCAGGGCUGUUCCCCAUCCCAGGGCUGAGGGGGGGGGACAUGUUCCCCAGCCCUUGUGCUGGGGGGUGGUGGAUGAAGACCCCCACUACAACCCAAUCUGGGGUUCACACCGUGCCCCAAGAUGCACCUCGUGGGGAUGACUGUGACAGGGAGUGAAAGAGAAGCUGGAGGAGGAAAAGGAUGUGGGAUGUGAAGCCUGGCCAUGAGCUGACUUCCUCUCACACCAAAAUUCGGCUGCAAGAGGCAGGGGGGCAAAGCCGAGCAGCCAAAACAGGUGGGGCAGGUUUGCUUUCCCCCCUCCCAAGUGUUGUCUCUGCCCGGGGCUCCCUGGGAUGUGGCCGGGCUGUGCCUUGUGGAUGCCCUGCAAAGGGCAACGCCAAAAUGCCCCGGAAAAGUCCCGCUUCUGCUCCGGUGGCUGUGUCCUGCACCUCAGAGGGGGGGAUUUUGGAAUGUGCUUUCUGGGGGAGUUUACACACCCUCGAAAGGGAACUCCCUUCACCACUCUGUCCCUGAAGCUGCCAACCUCUGCCCUUGCCAAUGCUCUGGCAGGUUUGUCCCCUCUCCUUCGGUCUCCUCCCCACAGCUCCAUGCCAGGGCCUCGCUAAGGGGGGGCUGAGCUGGGCUGUGCCCAGGUACCCACAUCCCCAGCCCAAACCAGAGGAGCCAACAGGGAUUUUCCCCCUCCCUCUAAGGAUUAAAACCCAGCCAAAUUAGGGCAGGCUUCCACAGAGUCAGCCAAGGCCAUCUCCUUGCCCGGUCCCACGCCUGGGAUGUUUCCCCUGAGCCAAAUAACUCCAGGAAGAGCAGUGCCUGCUGCCUUCUCCCCUUCCCAGCACCAUCCCGGCUCGUCCAGGGGUUGGAAGCAGGCUCUUUGGCCAAGCUGUUGGAUGCUCACAAUAAACCCCCACCCCCCCACACCCCCAUCCUGCCUGCUGGCCCUGGGGCCAUCCCCAAAGUUGCUGAAAGGACUUUCCCCAGGGUCCAGCCCGUCUCACCAGCCUGGCCCAGGGUUUCUCCAUACUGGACCCCCAGCCUGGAGCAGCCUGGUCCGUGCUGGGAGCUGGCCCAGCGGCCAGGCCAGAGGCUCGGCUGGGAGGGGAUCUGCUGCUGCUGGAAAUCCUCCCGGCUUCCAUUAGCUCCGUAUGGAGCCGCGUCCUUUCCCACCCCAUUUCCACGUGCCUGGGAGACGUGUGAGCUCACCAGCAGCCCAGUGCCCCCGGGACGGCCCCCCCCUCCCUGCCAUCCCCCAAGGGGUGUCCGUAUGAGGGCAGGGGGGAGACCCCAACCUGCAAAGCAGGGUGAGGUGUCCCCACUCCAGGGAUGCUCUACGUGUGCUGGUCCUGGGAGAUGUCCCCAUAGACAUGUCUGCAACCAGAGCUGGUCCUGGGAGACGUCCCCAUAUCUGCAACCAGAGCCAUCAUGAGCUGAGUCAGGGCUGGCUGCAACCCCCCCCACCUCCUCCCUCUGGCUCGCAGGAGCAGUUUUAAAGGAAGAACUGUGAAAGACAUUCAUGGGGAGAGCAGAGCUGGAAGCAGCCUGGCCCAGCACCGUGCCCCUCUUCACCGGCACUGGCUUUUGCGGGCUGAAAGCUGUUUGUUUGCAUCAAUCCUGCAGGAAUUGAGUAUCUGUGGGGGUUUCUCUGCUUGCUUGCAAUUGUCAGGGGGGAGGGGGUGUUCGAGCCUGCCAAAGGGGAUGUAGUGUGCCAGCAAGAGCAUCGUUUCCGUAGGAAACUUGGUGUAACACAAGGCUUGUUGUUCUGCCUCCUCUGAGUCUCCCAGCAAAGCGCCAGGGCUGGAAAGCUUUCCCAGGCAGCAUGAUCCCCCCCUGGCAUCGUGUCAGGUGGGAAUUGGGGCCUUGAGAUGGCUUUUUUUUUUUCAGAGCCAGAGGCUGGUGAUGCUGGAGUGGGUGCUCCCAGCUCCAGCAUCGCCCUGGGGCUGCUGUGUGGUGGCCUUGGCAGGUGCCAGCGCAGUAAUGUGAGCUCCCAGGGGAAAACCCAUCGUGCCCGGGCAGCUCAGGGCACUGGAGCCCAACCAACACGGCUUCCUGGGCAGCCUCCUGCGGGAGAAGUCCAGGACGCUGGUGGGACACCAUGCCCAACCUCUCUGGGGAGGUUUGCAGUGCUGCCUCAGUUUCCCCAGGUUCCUCAUUCUGUCCCGCUGGCAGAACCAGAGGGCUGGCAGCGCUCGGGGGAAGAGCAGAAACCUGUCCCUUGGGUCUCACAGCAUCAGUUGUGUCCUCUGUCCCCAGGCUGCCACUUUGGGCACCGGUGGGUGCCAGCUCCUGCUCUGGCUGAAUGCAUUAUCCUUGUGUCUGCCCAGGAAGGAAGAGGUUAAAAUGCUGGGAUUUCCUGGCUGUGGUGCUGGGGAGGGAAGGUGACCUGCAGAAGUGCUUUGCAUCCUCUGUGGUGGCUUCAGCUGGCCUUGCACAGCGCGUGCGGGUGUCUGGAAGCUUCUGGAGUGAGACUGAACUUGAAACCCAGCUAGAAUUGAGUCUUUCCAGCCCAAGUUUAAGCCCAGGCUUACUUAAACACCUCCUUUUCCCCACCCCACUGAGGGCAGCUUGGCUCGGACGCAGCAUCCUUCGCCCUCCGCUGUCCCGCCGCGGGGACGUGCCGCCGCGUGCCUACCGGUAACGUCGGGCGGCGAGAGGGCAAAGAGCGAUGGUUCAAAGGUGCUCGCCCUAUGGAGGAAGCUGCUCGCUGCCACCGCAGCCGUCCCCUCCCCUGACGUCACCGCAGCUGGUGACACCGUGGCUCGCUGGGUGCAGCACCCAGGGCAGGCUCUGGCAGGAAGAGCCCCCGAUUUUGGUGUCACUGUCACCCAACAGGCACCCCUUGCUGGGAAACCUCCGGUCGAGACAUCAGGCUGCCAGGUGAAGUGGGAUGAGCGUGCCGGCCGACGAGGCGGGCAACCCGGCCCAUGCCAUCUUCGAGCAGUUCCUGCGUGCCGGGGAGUGCAAGGAGGUGCUGGGCUGCUUCAGGGAGCUGUGCCAGCAGCUGGGGCUGCAGGGCAGGGGGCUGCAGCUCUACCAUGGCCUCAAGGCUGCCCUCAACUACUGGAGCGCCAAGGCCCUAUGGAGCAAGCUGGAUAAGAAAGCCGGGCACAAGGACUACGACCAGGGCACAGCCUGUGCCAGCACCAAGUGCCUGGUGGUGGGGGCCGGUCCCUGCGGGCUGCGGGUGGCCAUCGAGCUGGCGCUGCUGGGGGCCCGUGUGGUGCUGCUGGAGAAGCGGGACUCCUUCUCCCGCAACAACGUCCUCCACCUCUGGCCCUUCACCAUCCACGACCUGCGGGCCCUGGGCGCCAAGAAGUUCUACGGGCGCUUCUGCACUGGCACGCUGGACCACAUCAGUAUCCGGCAGCUCCAGCUGAUCCUGCUGAAGGUGGCUCUGCUCCUGGGGGUGGAGGUGCACAUCAACGUGCAGUUCAAGGGCCUUGUCCCCUCCACCGGACAGGGUGGCUGGAGGGCUGUGCUGGAGCCCGACUCCUCUCCCCUCAGCCACUACGAGUUCGACGUCCUCAUCUCAGCUGGCGGCGGCAAAUUUGUCCCCGAAGGGUUCAAGCGGAAGGAGACACGGGGGAAGCUGGCCAUCGGCAUCACCACCAACUUCAUCAACCACCACAGCCGGGCAGAGGUGGAGGUGGCCGAGAUCAGUGGCGUGGCCCGAAUCUACAACCAGAAAUUCUUCCAAAACCUCUACAACAAAACAGGCAUUGACCUGGAAAACAUUGUCUACUACAAGGACGACACUCACUAUUUCGUCAUGACGGCCAAGAAGCAGAGCCUGCUCAAGAAGGGGGUCAUCCUGAAGGACAAAGCGGACAUCGAGAGCCUCCUGUCCCCAGAGAACGUGAACCGGGACGCCCUCCUCAGCUACGCCAAAGAAGCUGCCAACUUCUCCACCAACUACCGCCUGCCCGAGCUGGAGUUUGCCCUCAACCACCGGGGCCUGCCGGACGUCGACAUGUUUGACUUCACCUGCAUGACGCGCUCGGAGAACGCGGCGCUGGUGCGGGAGCACAACGGGGCCCGUCUGCUCCUGGGGCUGGUGGGCGACUGCUUGGUGGAGCCAUUCUGGCCACUGGGCACCGGCGUGGCCAGGGGCUUCCUGGCCGCCUUCGAUGCGGCAUGGAUGGUGCGGCGGUGGGCAGCCGGGACCCCCCCGCUGGAGGUGCUGGCCGAGAGGGAGAGCAUCUACCAGCUCCUCUCGCAGACCUCCCCAGAUAACACUCACAAGAACGUCAGCCAGUACAGCAUCGACCCGGCCACACGCUACCCCAACAUCAACCUUCAGGCCAUCAAAGCCAACCAGGUCCGGGACCUCUACCUCGUGGGCAUGGUGGAGGUGGACCACAAGAGGAGGAGCGACAACCGACUCAGCACUGCGGUCUCCGGAGACGCCUACGAAGAUCUGCUACGCUGGUGCCAGACCAGCACGGCCGGGUACCGCGGUGUGGAGGUGACCGACUUCACCACCUCCUGGACCAGUGGCCUGGCCCUCUGUGCUCUCGUCCACCGCUUCCGCCCCGACCUGCUGGAUUUUGACUCUGUGGACCCCCAGGAUCCCGUCCAGACCCACCAGAUGAUGCUGGACAUGGCAGAGCAGGAGCUGGGCAUCCAGCCUGUCCUCUCCAGCACCGAGAUGGCCACCAUGGCAGAGCCCGACCGCCUGGGGCUCAUCACCUACCUCAGCCAGUUUUAUGAAGCUUUCAAGACCUCUCCAGAGGCGGAGGAGGUCAGCAAGAAGCCAUUGUCACCCCAUGGCGCACGAGGGGCCAUCCUCUUCCUCAGCAAGCUGCAGAAGAGUCGGAACCUGACCCACAAGCGUGCCCAGGACAGUGCCCAGAAGGAUGCUGAGGUCAAGAGGAGCCGCAGAAACGCUGAGCUGGACACGUGGCUGGAUGGAGACACUGUGGAUGGUGCCCACAAGCCACCCCAAACGGCCACAACGGAGCCAGGACAGCCGCCCGCCCGGGGGGAGAGCAGCGACGCCUGUUACUUCUGCGGCCGCCGCGUCUACAUCCUGGAGCGAGCCAGCGCCGAGGGACGCUUCUUCCACCGGGGCUGCUUCCAGUGCCGGCGCUGCGGGGCCACCCUGCGCCUGGGCGACUACGCCUUCGACGAGGAGGACGGUCAUUUUUACUGCUCGCUUCACUACCCCAAUCCCCCCGGCAUGGAACUGCCCCAGGAUGAGCCCCCAACACUGCCCGAUGGGGAUGCCACUGCCGACCACCCGCCCUCGGAUGCCGGGAGCCCGUGUGUGUCCCCCCAGGAGGGGUCACCUGGUCCCCUGCAGCCCCCACCAGCUGCCCCACAGCCAGGGGGAGAGCCUGGAGUAGCGGAGGAUGCUGUGGAUGCUGGAGGCAUGGAGGAGCAUGGUGGCAUGGAAGAACAUGGUGACAUGAAGGAGUAUGGUGACAUUGAGGAGUAUGGUGACAAGGAGGAGCACAAUGACAUGGAAGAUCAUGGUGACAUGAAGGAGCAUGGUGACAUGAAGGAGCAUGGUGACAUUGAGGAGUAUGGUGACACGGAGGAGCACGAUGACAUGGAAGAGCAUGGUGACACGAAGAAGCAUGGUGACAUGGAGGAGUAUGAUGACAUGGAGGAGCAGAAGCUGCUGGCACAGCCUGGGGGAGACAUGAAGGAGGAGGAGGGUGCUGGACCGGAGCCCCGAGGGGUGGAAGAGGAGGGUGAGGAAAGCGGGGGCAGGAGGAAGAUUGUCCUCACACCCCUGGAGAAGCUCAAGCUGUCCACGCUGAACCUCACCAGUGAAGCUGAGCCUGAGCCGCCGCCAAAGCCGGCUCGUCUGCGGCUCCAAGCAGCACCUGAGGUCCUCCCUGCCCUGGGGUUGGAACAGUGUGCCUGGGAGGAGGAGGAGGAGGAAACAGCCAUGGAGGAAGGUUUGGAGGAGAGUGACAGUGAAGAAGAGAAGGAGGAGGAAGAGGAGGAAGGCACAGAUUCCAGCAUCAUGGCAGACUUGUUCGUGGACCUGGGGGAAGAGGAGACAUACCCCACCUGGAAGCGCACGCUGACCCGCCGGGCCAGGGAAGCCCAGAUGAACCGGUUCUGCAAAGCCCAGGCCAUCCAGAGGCGGCUGGAGGAGAUUGAGGUGACAUUCCGGGAGCUGGAGCAGCAGGGCAUCAAGCUGGAGAAGUUACUCCGGGCUGAGGAUGGUUCCCCAGCUGACAAGAAGACACAGUGGAUGAACCAGCUGCUGUACCUGGUCCAGAAGAAGAAUAACCUGAUGAGCGAGGAGUCAGACCUCAUGAUUACGGUGCAGGAGCUGAAGCUGGAGGAGCAGCAGUGGCAGCUCGACCAGAAGGCCCGCUACUACAUGAACAUGGAGGCAUCCCUGAAGACACCCGAGGAUGUCGUGGCAGAGAGGGAGAUCCUGGCUCAGCUGGUGGACGUGGUGAACAAACGCAACGCCCUCAUCCACAUGCAGGAUGAGAAGCGGCUCAGCGAGCAGCAGGCCUGAUCCCUGCAGCCCCAGGACCUACCAGUUCCUCCCCGGGGUAGGGGACAAGUGGUCCCUACCCCAGCAGAGCAUCACCCUGAGCUGCUUCUGAAGAUGGUGAUGUCUGAGCUGCCCGCAAGGAGCUGCCGCGGCCAAUCCAGGUCCCCGCUUGCCAAAGCCUGCUGUGGAGGGGCCAGGACCUGCUGGUGGAUGCCCAUGUUGGGAGACACCGAGGAGCACCCCAGCUUUGGGGUGCAGAGAGGGUGUCCCCACGCUUGGCUGGAUUGCCUUUGCCUUGUGCUUGCUCGAAAAGAUUUGCAGGGGGCUACGAAACACGGGGCUCUGCCCUGGGUUUGCUAUGAGGAGGAAGAAGCCCUACAGGGGAGUGGGGUCUCCCCAAGAUCAGGGGGUCCCACAGCCAUCACCCCUUCGAGGGGACACUGCCUGGAGGCUUGGCCAGGGCAUCCAAAGCAUUUUGUACGGCAGAGCACUUCGUGUGGUAGCUCCAUCGCUGCCCAGCCAUCCCCGUGCCCCGGGCACUGAAGAGCUUCACUCGCGGCAGGGAGGACAUGACUGUGGCCACCACAGGCAGGUCACAAUGGAGAUGCCAAAUGUGGAGGGGCAACAUCAGGAGUAGCCCCUCGAAGCCAACCCAGAAGGUCCUUUGCAGCUGGGGACAUCCAUCCUAACCCAGGACAGCCAUCCCAGCCCAGGACAUCCAUCCUAACCGAGGACAUGGAGCCCAGCUGGGGCCAUCCAUCCUAACCCGGGAUGUCCAUCCUAGGCCAGGAGAUCCAUCCUAACCUGGGACAACCAUCCCAGCUGAGUACACCCAUUGUAACCUAGGACAUCCAUCCCAGCUGACGACAUCUGUCCUAACCCAGGACAUCCAUUGCAGCCUGGGACAUCCAUCUCUUCCAGGGAUGUCCAUCCCAGCCAGGGACAUCUGGCUCUACGAGUUGGGUCAGUGACAGACAGAUGGGGCUGACGCCACCAUUCUCCAUCACUGCUUUUGGGUGCUACAUCCACGUUGUCCCCAGCCACUGCAGGAAACCAGGGUCAGAACCCCACUGCGAGGUCGCAGGGGUCCCCAGGGAAGGGGCUUUUUGUCCAGCAGGUCCCCAUGGGGACUGUGUGACACCGAGGACCAGGGAUGCCAGCAGCCGUGUCCUCCUUGCCCCUUUGGGUAUUCCCCUGCUUGGCAAUGCCAAACUGGCCUUUGCACAGACUUCUCAGACCUUUCUGGGGUCCCCUGCUGUUGUGGGGUGGCCUCCACCGCCAAACGGUGCUUACGGCAGCCCCAGCCAUGUGGGACAGGGGGGUCCCGGGCGCGGGCUCCUUCGGUGCCUCCCCCAACCCUCCUGCCCACCCUUCGUUUGUACCAGCCCCAUUAUCCUGCUGCAACCCCCCCCAAUUCCCUUCAAAUAAAGCCUCCCUGACCCAGUG